CGGAGCAAACGAGAGAGGAUACAGAACGCAGACGUUAAUAAGACAGAGAGAGAGAGAGAGAGAUGUGCUUGAGUGUGUCACCCUGUGAAUAUGAGGAAGAUUUGAAGAUGAAGCAGCAGGACUAAAGGUGGAUUGCACAGAGCCUUUCUCUCCCUGUAAGGGCUUGUCUGCAGUAUCCUUUGUAAAUGGAUGCUGGCGUGUGAACACGAACUGCAGUCCUUCGGUUGCUCGGGAGAUAUCACACCACAGAAGAAGCGGAAACGAUUUGAAAAGGAACAUCGAACAAAACAGGCCAACAUCGAACUAAGGUGGACGGUUGCAGAAGCCAAACAAAGUCAACGUACCACAAGAGCCAUGUGGGAGGAGAGUGCGGGGGUUUUGCUGUUCUCACGCAUCAAGCCCAAACAAUUUGUGUUCUGAUAUACGUAACGUUCCCAAGCUAUUUCCCAGAGCUUUUCCUCAGGGGGAGCCCCUGCUAUGCACCCCGGCUCCAUCGGCUUCAGCAGGCAGUCCAACCCUCGGUGCCAGGCGCUGUGUGGGCAUCCCACACGUCUGGGUUCUGCCCACACGGGACUCAGCGACUGCCCCUCCACAAACAGAAUGAAACCCUCCUGAGCCACUCCUCAGUGUGGUGGCUCUCCUGCGUCGUGCUAAAUUGGUCUGUUGUGAAGUUCCGUCGGGCUUCUCCGCUGGCAAGUCGCUACCUUUAGUCGAAACCCUCCGCAACUCUUCCACCGGCUCCUUUUAGGUCACCGCUUCGUUCUAAUUUGCUUUCCCAUCAAGCAGCAGCACGAGUUCCUUUACGCUCGCCACGUGGUGGAGGACCAUGGGAUGCCGUCAGAGCUCGGAGGAGAAGGAAGCGGCGCGGCGCUCGCGGCGAAUCGAUCGCCACCUGCGCUCAGAGAGUCAGCGGCAGCGGCGUGAGAUCAAGCUGCUGUUGCUGGGCACCAGCAACUCGGGCAAGAGCACCAUUGUCAAGCAGAUGAAGAUCAUCCACAGCGGGGGCUUCAACCUGGAGGCCUGCAAGGAAUACAAGCCCCUCAUCCUGUACAACGCCAUCGACUCGCUCACCCGUAUCAUCCGCGCGCUCGCCACCCUAAAGAUCGAGUUCCACAAUGCCGACCGCGCCUACGAUGCCGUGCAGCUCUUUGCGCUCACAGGGCCGGCCGAGAGCAAAGGGGAGAUCACCACAGAGCUGCUGGGGGUCAUGAAGCGCCUGUGGGCUGACUCAGGGGUCCUGGAGUGCUUUCGACGGUCCAAUGAGUACCACUUGGAGGACAACACCGCCUACUACCUGAAUGAUCUGGACCGCAUCUCUGCGCCUGAGUUCAUCCCAACUGUAGAGGACAUCCUACGGUCCCGCGACAUGACCACCGGCAUUGUGGAGAACAAGUUCACCUUCAAGGAGCUCACCUUCAAGAUGGUCGAUGUGGGCGGGCAGCGUUCGGAGAGAAAGAAGUGGAUCCACUGCUUCGAGGGCGUGACUGCAAUCAUUUUCUGUGUCGAGCUAAGUGGCUAUGACCUCAAACUUUACGAGGACAACCAGACGAGCCGCAUGGCCGAGAGCUUGCGCCUGUUCGACUCCAUCUGCAACAACAACUGGUUCACCAACACGUCGCUCAUCCUCUUCCUCAACAAGAAGGACCUGUUGGCUGAGAAGAUCAAACGUAUUCCUCUGACAGUGUGCUUCCCUGACUACAAAGGUCAGAACACCUACGAGGAGGCAGCCGUCUAUGUGCAGCGGCAGUUUGAGGACCUCAACCGCAACAAGGAGACCAAGGAGAUCUAUUCGCACUUCACCUGCGCCACUGACACCAGCAACAUCCAGUUUGUGUUCGACGCCGUCACGGACGUGAUCAUCCAGAACAAUCUCAAGUACAUUGGGCUGUGCUAGGACCGGAUCCUGGCAGGGAGGUGGGGGUCGCUCGGCAGCAGUGGGCCCGCCACCAGGCUGGAUGAACAAAAAGGCGUGUCCGUCUGCCUGACAGUUUAUCGCUUUGAAGAGGUGCAACAGAGACCUGCAAGAGAAAGGAGGUCGUCAGAUGGUCAGGGAUGGACGAUACUGUAGAUUUAUGUGUUUCAGUUGAAACAAAAGAGCUGAUGGGCCAUGGUCUAGAUGGGACUUUUACCCAAUGUGUUUGCACUGAAUAUGUAUGCAGACACCCACAUGCACACACACACACUCACACACACACACAUGCACAUGCACACACACACACACCUUUAUGUUUGCGCACACAAAAUAUAUUUUGAUCAACAGUCAAGCACUUGAUUGACGAGGCAACACUCGAAAUUUUAGACGGCUUCCCCUGCCUGCCUCAACCCGAGGCAGUAGGUAUGCACUGGUGGUUGUCAGUUACUUUUGUCUCCUUCAUUUUAUUUGCCACAGUCAAUUAAUGCUGCUUUACAAGAAGAUUUUUUGACAGAAUCAAUGUUCUCUAUUGGUUUUUCACCCGAACAAUAACCAGUGAGUGCACCUGAUGAGACGUGGGGGGAGCCUGUAUAUUUGAGGGGGGGGGAAAUGUCAGUAGACAUGAUGUCACAGGGUUUCUGCCUAAAAAAGAGGAAACUGCCACAGUGUAAAACUGAAGUGAAAUACAUUUUCUAUACACUAUUUAUGUUUUCCCCUCCUGGUCAACUCUCUAAUGUUGUUCUUUCCCCUCUAACUUUUAUCGUUUUUUUUGUGGUUUAAAAAAAGAAUGUCUCUCAAACCUGCAUUUUAUAGCAGGUCACUGAUCUAAAAUACCAAGAGUGUUAUGCUCGGUAAUCCAAAGUAUUCUUUAUGAUCAUUCCAGUUUCCAGCAAAGAGACAAAAAAAACAGUGCCAAGAUCAAUUUGUAAAUAAAACCAGAUUCCAUCCACUAUGUUAAUUUUUGCUUAUUUUUUUGGACAAAUACAUUAAAACUUGCAUGAUUUUGUUACUUUGGGAUACUAAUAUAUUUUCUUUGGGAUUAUGUUCCUUUUUUCUUAGGUUUAAGUAAUAUAUUCCCCAAAGUAUAUAUAAAUAUAUAUACAAUAUAUGUAUAUGUACAUAUACAUACAUAUAUAUAUAUAUAAAUAUAUAUAUAUAUAUACAUAUACAUAAGUCAAACACUGUGUACGAUUGUACAGUUGUCAGAGAGGAAUAUCUAAAAAAAGAGUUAUAUCAAUAUACUAAUGGUAAAUAUGAUGUUAUGAUGAUGAUGAAAAAGAUAAAUGAUGAUGAUAGUGUUGAUGAUGAUUACAAUAAUGUCAAGGAAAGUCUCACUGCAAAGUUAGCAUGAGAAGGAAAAGUGGAUCAAAGGAGAACAAGACUGUAGAAAAACAUGAAAUCUAAGAAGCAAAUCUUGAAAGUUCAAUCUUCCUUGCAUCAUCUGAGUGGAAAUUGUUAAACAGCCAGUGAGUGUGAUGUGUAAAUAUACUGUACGGUACACUCUUUGUUCAAACAAAUGAAAAAAAAGGUUGAGUUGGGUUAUAAAUGAGAGAAAGAGAGCGCGAGAGAAAGAGAAGGAGGAAAACCCCACUCCACUCCUCUUACUCUUUCUUUUCAGUUCAGAGGGUGAUGUGCAAACAACUCAACUCAGGGCUUCGGGCUUGACUUGAUGGGAUGUCCACUUCAACAAAAGACAAAACAACUAAAAAAAGAAGUAUAAAGAGGACAAAAUAAAAUGAAUAAAACAACUUAUGCAAAUUUCCAUGGUGUAGUAAAUGUGUUUUUGGGUGGUGUCAAAAGUGCUUUUAUUGUGUUUGGGAUGGGAUCGUUCAUCUUUCUUAUUCUUUUAUAAUUGUACUGCAUCAAAUGAUUUGCAACCUGGAAGAGGACAUACUGUCCAAAGUCCUGGCUUCCAUCACCAGUGUACAAAAUCAUGACAUAAAAAGUGUUUGUCCUCGCCAUACAAUGAAGCCGCUGGGGCAAGUAUAAUUCGGACAUAAAGUAUGCAAUUAAAUUACUCCCGAAUCAACUCGGCCCAUGUGUGAUGAGGUGACAGCGGACAGAUUCCACUCUAAUUAGUGUUUGAACUCCAGCUGACCCAACGUGUCGGCUAAUGAGUUUCUCCCCAAACAGUUUGAUUUUGCUUUAAUCUAAAUAAAAUAUCCCACUUAUCCAACCAUUUUGAUUCCAUUUAAUGCAAUCUUCAUGUCGAUAAGUUUUGGUAAACCUCAACCAACGCAUAACAACGAUACACGCCUGUAACAGGAUGAUGCUUCAGGCCACUCUGUUAUCUCUUUGUUACAAUCAUGUGGUAUGAAUAUUUUUAACACCAUUUUAGUGUCGAUGAUGUUUUCAGUCUGUCAGUACUAUGGGGUCCAUACAUAAAACAUUAAAGUACUGUGUGGCUGAUGGUUUUUUAAAUUAUUUGUAUUUAUCUUAUACUGUACACCACUGAGGGAAAAACAUCUUUGAGUCAUGAUGGUAUUUACUGAAGGAUUGAUUGAAACCACAGUGGGAAUCGGUUUUAGAGAUGACCACAAAUGAAAUGCACUAUUGAGAAGGCAGAUAACAUCAUGCCUUGUGACUGUCAUGUGGAUGAAGUCUGUGCCAACAAUAAAAAACAAGAUACUCAA